GAAGCACGUUAGUAAUAUAACAAAUCUCGUGGGAAAUCAGCUGUUACGAUUCAGCGUCUUCAAAGCUUUACUCCGAUUAUAUAAUUUCUAACAAAUAUGAAUGGAUCCGAAAAUAAAAACUUGUUAAAAAGUCAGGAUCGACGGGUCAAUCAAAUGGCUAAUGAAAGUUGCGAUAGACGCGACGAUGACGACAAUGAUUGGUGGGCUAGUGAUAGCGGAUCUAGCACCGGAUCUUAUUAUUCCGAUAGCGAAAGUUCGGCAGCCGAAUGGGAAUCGGAAAUAAGUCCAACUGGCGAAGUUUUCUACAUAGAAUCUCUACCGAAGAGUGGAGAAUCUGAGGAUAAAUCAUUGAAAAACGAGUCUGAAUCCCCGGUACCGGAGUUAAUCAGAAGACGCAGUACAAGAGCUGGAAAAUUAAUGCGUCUCAUUAGACGACGCGAGAGCAAGCGUUACAGCACAAGGGGGAAAAAAACGAAGAAUAUUAGUGGAGGGAAACACGCUGAUGGUAAUCAGCACAAAGAGGGAAAUGGAAAUAAAGAAGUCACUUUUCGUGAUUGUCAGGCCGGUGAGAUUAGAGAAGUAACAUUGGCGAUAGAUCCGGAAAAACGUCAUAAGCUGGGUCGACGUGCGACGCUUUGCGAGGCUUAUUUAGGAAUUAGUCCAGGAGACUUUUCCGACAAAAUUCGUGUCAUGGUCGCAGGUUUUAUACCCGAUGGCGAGGCAAUGAGAAACAAAAACAUCAAAAUCGGCGACUGGCUAAGAAGCAUCAAUUCUCGACAAGUUACCUCACAGAAUUUGGAACAUAUACUUUCAGAAAUAUCGUCGCCAACGACGGUUAAACUAGAGUUGCAAAGAGUUGCUGGAGUCGAGGUAACGGCCGAGCCAUCUGUGAAUAAUUUCCCAAAACAAUCUCCGAAGGUACGUCGAUUGGUAGAUAAAGAAGCGAGUAGAGCCUUGAUGGAAAGCCUAUUUGAAGAACCGUUUGGUGUGAUAUACUUAAAAACUACGGGUCUUUCGGAAACUGGACCAGAAUUGCAAGGGGUCGUGUACACUUAUCCACGAUCGGAGCUUAAAACAGGAAAUAAUUAUUUGUGCAAAGCCAGAGGUGCGUUCGUGACUCUCAAUCACAUGUUGCCAGAAAUUACGGGAUCGACACCACAGACUUCGACUAUAUUUCACGCUGGUCAACAAGUUUACGUUCUUUAUAUUCCUCGUGGUGAAGAAUUAUUUUUAAUGGCACUACCGGAAUCUUCGUACAGUCUCCAGGAAGCUUGUAUGCUCAGUAGAGGCGUCGUUCAAACAUUAGAAUUCUGUUAUCAAAGUUUAACGAAAUGUUUCGAGAAUGAAGAAAAUCAUUCAUCGCUCGAUCAUUUCUUCAAUCUAUUUUUCACCCCUUCUUCAAACGAGAUCGAUUGCAAUGAUGUCGUUUCAAAAAGUGCAAACGAGUUGAGUAAUUUUUGCAAAAAUAACCGUUGCGAAUUUGAAACGAUUUUUCCCGCCGCUCAUUUUAUUAAACUGCCACGAGACGCUCAGAUUCAAAUCGACGCUGCGCUCAAUGAAAUGGAAGCAAUGGAUUAUCGAGAUUGGAACGAGGAUCCAAUGGACUGCCAAAGAUUAUACACGAUAUUGGGAAGUUGUUUAUACCACAAAAGUUAUCUUCUGGCCUCGCAUUUACCUCACGAGGAUCUCAUCCAAGUGCAUUUGUUUCUGCGUCAAAAUCGUUUGCUCAAUUUGGUAGAAAAUGAGGCAACGAAAUUGCUCGUCGUGUGGCGACGAGUUUAUCCCUUAUCUUGUCAAAAAGGGGUGAAUAAUGAGCCAGAAAUGCAAAGCUUUGAGUUCGAGGCAAAAUUUUAUUUACUCGUAGUUGGAUUUGGGCAUGAAUUAUUGGCAGUUAUUCUCGAAUGUGGAGGCUGCACCGCGGAAACCAAUGACGUAGAAGGUCCAGACAUUUUUUACGUCGAAGAAGCACAGGAGACCUUGAAGCACAUACAAAAAAUUGGGAUCUCAACUUUAGCUAAUAAAUGGGUGUUGGCGAACGCGAGACCGGAAACGAUGGAUUUCAAUGACCGCGAAAGUGUCAAAACCUCGUCGACAAUAGCUGAAAACAUUUUGGGCCUCAUUAAAUCGUCUGAGGUCCAAAACUCUUCACCAAGAGCUAGUUCCGGCACUGUGGGACGCAAAAAAACACAGGAAGUCACCUCGAUUCUCAAACGACGAAGCCCAGAACAGAGUCCAAUUAUGUCGGGAUCGGUUUCUGUAUAUUCUCUGCAAACAUCAGAAGAUUCGAUGAGUCAAGGUACGGGAGCAGUGAGUGAAAUGAGCGACGAAGCUGCUCCAAUAUUAGGAAGAAGAGCAACGAGAGAGAGAAACAUCGGUUCGUCCAGACAUUCCGACGACAGCGAUUCGGACGUUGAUAUGUAUAGAAACGAUAGCCAGAUGAGUACAAUGGAUAUUUCGGAUAUUCGUGAGAAUCUUUUAAACCAGGCAGAAUAUAUAGUACCAACGAAGUUGACAGCAGGGGAAAAAAAUUGUUUACUUCACUACGUGCAUCUCGACGUCCUCGAAGGUUUACUUUUGUCCUCGAGAACGAUCGAAAAUCCAAUGAAGAAUGAAAAAAUCGUGAAAAACUUUAAUCGUUACGCGCACGCGAUUCACAAAUUGUUGGAUAAUACGGUUCGUUUCAAGAAAAUAGUGAACGAGGAUGUGGACAAAACGUUGAUGAACAAAAAUCUUAUUGCAAUUAAAGAACACGGUGUGCUGUUUGAUUUUGAAAAUACGAGUUAUUGGGUCGUCGGCAGAUUGUACGCCGCACCCGAACCCAAAGAAUUUUAUGUUUGUUAUGAGGAUUCCGUGCCUCAAAAUAUCGUCGAAAUGGCUUUCAAACUCAAUGCUUCCUGGAACUAGCCAUUUCGUGCGGAAUCCAACACAUAAACAAACAAUACGGAAACAUAAAAUAAAUUAAUAAUUUUUUUUCAAGAAUCUUUCAUUUUGAAAUUAUAAAGUGACAAUAAAAUGUAAGAUAAGUUAUAAAUUGCUAAAAAUUAAGUCAAAAACUCCACAGAUUAUUUAUACAUCUUCAACGAUUUACUGCGCAUGUCCGGUUCGAGAUUCUUUUCCUGUUUGCUCAAUAUUUUUAAUGUUAAUUAAGUUAAAUUAAGGUAGUAAAUUAGUAAUCCUUUUCAUAUUUCCUACACAUUAUCUUUAGCCGAAUAACCCUAAAAUUAUACUUUGGGUGUGGUUACGUUUGGGCGAGAAUUGAACUUGGAGACGAGGACCGUAAAAAAUUUUUAGAAAACCCACUCAUUUUGUAAGGCCUCGCGCGUCAUAACGGAUUGACAAACAGAAUUUUUUAAAAACAAUUGUCCAUGAAUUAGUCUGGGGAUUUUCUUUUAUCAUGGUAAAUCAAUUUCUUGAUUUUUUGUAUACUUGUAAAACUUUUCGCUAAAACGUCAAACAAUUUGGAAACUUUUCUUUAUAGAUGCAAAUAAUACGUUGAAAACUGUUUGAAAUCAUUGUGAUAUUCAAUGUUUAUAAAGUUUCAAAGAAGGCUAGAUUUUUUUUUAUUUGUAUCGAAAAAUUCCAACUUCUGAUCAACGAAAUUUAUGACUGUGGAAUAAAUGAACUUCGUAAUAAUUAUUCGUUAC